GACACUUUUACGCCUGCAGUUUUGAAGGAUGGAGGUAGAGAAUUGCUGAUCAGUGAGGGAUGUACUAGGUAGUGUAGGGGAAUCAGGUAGUGCCGCCAGUCUGAUCCACUUCUCUGAUCAUUCCAGCCCAAUAUGAAGGGAGAGAAGUCUUCCUGCGACAACUAUGAGGGGAUUUGUUUAACCAAUACUGUGUCCAAGACCCUACAAUCCACAGUUAUCCGACGCCUAACUGUAACUUGAGAACAGCACGCGAUUUUCAGAUCCCGGAACACAUGACAUAUUUCUCGACCUGAAGGCAGCAUUUCACUGUGUCGACCGUGAGGUGUUGUGGCAGUAUUUGACUGAACGGAGUACCGAGGAAGUAUGUAAUGCUUAUCCAAGCUCCCCACUCGAAGUCAUGCAGCUGUGUAACGGCUUAUGGGGAGUUGUCAUCAGAGUUGACGACACCUAGUGGUGUCCUCAAGGGAUGCCCACUGUCACGGUUUCUAUUUACCUUUGUUGUACAUGUGGUGAUGGAUAUAACCUCAGGUACGUCUGACUUCACAGGGGUUGACCUACUCCCUGGAGGUCAUCUGGUUGGGUUAGAGUAUGCAGACGAUACUGUCCUGCUAGGUGAAGACGCUGACAAAAUGCAGGGCCUUGUGAACACGUUGGGCAGAAAUCUGAGUAUGUUUGGUAUGCGUCUUGAACCGGUUAAAUGUAGGAUGAUGCUGCGACCACUCGUAGUUUGAUGAUAAGGAGUGAAGUGGUGAAAUGUAUCAACCACUUCACUUACUUGGGGAGUUGCAUCAGCACCAGCCGGCUGGUUUCUGACGGAUUCUCAGUUGGGUACAGAGGGUCGGACUGACGUGAAAUCUGACUACCUAUAGUGGAACUGGUAUACUGCGCUAUAGUUCGUUCUGUCCUGUUAUGCGUCUGUGAGUUAAGGGCGUUAAGAGUAAGAGACAUGAAGCGAUUACAGGAUUCUGAUCACAAGUGCCUCAUAGCAUUGCUUGCGUGUGAUGGAAACGUGUGAGCAAUAUUGAGGUUAGGUGAAGGGUAUUACUCAAGGCUGCAAGUUGGUCUGUGAGCCUCCAGCUACUGAGUUGACUUUUAGAUUUAUUGGGCCCGCCGAAGCACUGGCUCUCUCUAUAUGUAUUGCCAGCAGAUGCUGGAAGUAGGCUCAAUGUGUCUAGAUCAGUACGUGGCACUACUGCCUGGUGUUUCUGACUUUUGGUGUGAACCGCAUAAUGAAGUGUUGACUGUCUGGUUAGGGUGCGCAAAUGAUAGGGAAUAAUGGUUACAGACUCUCGGUAACAUGACUGAAUAUGUCACAAUGGCGCUGAUACAUUUACUCUUUGGCGUCUUCCAAAGGUUGGAUAAUUUAAUCAACCUUUGUUUUCUAAUACCUCCUCUCAUACGGCCUUUUUCCACUUUGAUAUCUGUUCUAUUUAUGCCACCGUGGUGUGGCAACUUGGACCGAUGCACUUAUGUGCAAGGUUUGUUGUUGAUUCAUUCUGUC